CAAGCGAACAGAACCGCCGAUCAAGCAGCCACCAUGUUGAAGAGCUCGACGUCUAAGGCCUUCGCCGCUUCUUUUGGGAUCCUGACUGCGUCUGCCAUUUGCAGCAUGGUCACUAUGGUCAUUUUUUACGAAAUCCAGAUCGGACCGAUGAACGCAACAGAAAAGCCGACCGACCCACCCCCCAUUAUUAUACCGCCACCUGUCAUGCGGUUGCCGACAAAUCUGGUGCCUGACAACUACAAAUUAUUUCUUCAUCUUCAGCUCUACUCCAGAAUCAUCGAGGAAGUUAAUGUCACCACUCCAAACCAGACGAUGGUGUUCACCGGUACCUCAACUGUACAUUUUCAUUGUGUUGAGAAAACACAGAGCAUUUACCUCCAUAGCCGUGACCUGAGGGUUUAUGAUCCAUUUGUGAAGAAUAAAAUGACAAAUAAGAAGAUCGAGAUAAUUAAUAUGAAGAAUCAUGUGAAUGAAAGUGAUUUCUUGGAGAUCCAGUUAAAGGAGGAACUGAUGGCUGGAAAGAACUACAGCUUAUUUCUGGAAUUCCAGGGAGAGAUCUCACAAAAUCUUCAAGCUUUAUAUCUAAGCACAUAUAAUGAAGAUGUUCCACAUUUUGAAAAUAACACAAAUAGAGAGAGAUUUCUUGCCAGUACAUUCCUGCAGCCAACAGCCGCCAGAAAAUUGUUUCCUUGUUUCGAUGAGCCGCAAAUGAAGGCUGUGUUUGAUGUGACAAUCAAACAUAGGAAAGAAAUGACGGCACUUGGGAAUGAAGCUGCGAAAGGCUCAGAACUUGCAGAAGAUUGGGAAGUCACACAAUUUUAUCCGACACCGAAAAUGUCCACCAACUUAUUGGCAUUCACAGUUUCAGAGUUCACACCCAUUAAAUCAGUGCUCGAACGCGUGACAAUCCAGAUAUAUGCUCGGCCAGAGGUUACUGAUGCUGGGCACACUCGAUAUGCAGCAGAUGUUACCGGAAAGAUUCUCAAGUUCUAUGAAAACCACUUUGGAAUCCAUUACGUUCUGAAAAAGCUUGAUCAAAUUGCACUGCCAGAUUUAUCUGCUGCAGCGGUGGAAAACUGGGGACUGAUAACAUAUCAAGAAGGAGCCUUGCUGUAUGAAGAAGGGGUGUCAUCCCAGUUGCACAAAGAAAAAAUCUCUCAUCUCAUUGCACAUGAACUGGCACACCAGUGGUUUGGAAAUCUCGUGACAAUGAAAUGGUGGAGUGAAGUUUGGCUAAAGGAAGGCUUUGCCACCUACAUGUCAAUCUUGGCAUUGGGCAACGUUGAACCUACAUUUCAAGUUAAAGAAAUGUACAUCAUGAGUGAACUUCACGCAGCACUUGAGCAGGAUGCAUUGGCUUCUUCACAUCCUCUUAGUGUCCCACCUAGCAACGUCGAAUCCACUUCACAAAUCAUUCAGAUGUUUGAUGAUAUAUCCACCUACAAGGGAGCAAUGGUGCUGAGAAUGCUGGCAGACGCCGUGGAGCAAAGAGUUUUCGACAAGGGGAUUAAAAUGUACCUCAGUAGCUAUAAAUAUGGAAAUACUGACCAAGAUGACCUUUGGAAAUGUAUACAAAAGGCUGUUGUUGAGGACGGGGGUCACAUUAAAGUUGCCGAGACGAUGGGCACAUGGACCAAUCAAAAUGGAUAUCCUGUUAUUACCAUCAACACUACAAAUGGCGAAAUCAACCAGAAUCACUUCCUCUUCAACAGUACUUUGGACUCCAGUCGUUUGUGGCAUAUCCCAAUCCGAGUGAUGUCAAAUACAUCAGGAAGUAGUUUCAUCUGGCUGAACACCAGAAGUGCAGUUAAAGACCCAUUCCUUUCUAAGCACGGAGAGUGGAUCCUUGUAAAUGUCAACUGUACUGGAUAUUACCGGGUCAAUUACAACCCAGAGAAUUGGGAAAAACUCCUCAAUCAGCUGGAAUCAAACCCAAAUCGCAUUCCAGUGAUGAACAGAGGGCAGCUCAUUGAUGAUGCAUUUCAUUUGGCAAGGGCCAAAAUGGUCAAUGUGACUCUAGCUCUGAAUACAACGUGGUUCCUUCGCAAUGAGAAAGCUUCCAUACCCUGGGAGUCCGCAGUUCGCAAUCUUGAGUACUUUGUCCUCAUGUUUGACCGCUCCGAGGUGUAUGGACCCAUGCAGGCUUAUCUUCGGGCGCAAGUUAAAAACUUGUACAGUUACUACAGGAACUUUACAGACAACUCUGAAAUUCCAACGAGCCACUCCUUACAGCACAACCAGAUCACAGCCAUUGACAUGGCUUGUUCCAAUGGACUCCAAGAAUGCAUUGAAAUGGCCACGUUGAUGUUUGACGAGUGGAUGAAUAGCAAUGAUACCAACACCAACAGCAUUCACCCCAACUUGCGGUCAGUCAUCUACUGCCAAGCUCUGGCCGCUGGGGGGGAAAAAGAGUGGGAGUUUGCUUGGAAUAAGUUCCUGACCACGAGUAAAACCUCAGAGAAAGAACAGCUUCGUAAAGCGCUGUCGUGCACCAAGAAGAUCUGGCUUCUAAACAGAUACCUGGACUACACUUUGGACCCUGAGAAGAUACGACUGAUGGAUGUUACGACUACUAUUAAUUACAUUGCCUCAAAUGUGGCGGGACAUGGAUUGGCCUGGAAUUUCAUUCGAGCAAAAUGGGACUACGUUCGUCAGGGUGAUGGAGCCAAGCUGAUCGAGGGAGUGGCCAGGAGGUUCUCGACAGAGUUCGAACUGGAGGAGUUGGAGACUUUUGCCACAAAGAAUGACAUUUCUGCUGUUUCUGGAGCUGUGGAGCUGGCAAUUGAGCAGGUCAAAGUCAACAUCCAGUGGGUCAGCGAGAACAAGGCUACCGUACGGGAAUGGUUUCUAAGCAAAACCGAUUACGACAUUUAGCAUUUGUUCGGACCGUUAGAUGGUGGGGGGGGCUCAUCUUUGAAAGACCUUCCUCUGCUACUAAAUUCAGAAUGUAAAAACUCCAACAAAAUGGAUCAAUGAUCUGACUGAUGCACUUUUCUAAAACCCAAUUCCAGAGAUGAUUACAGAAAUUACAAUGAAAAAGUAAACAUAGUCCUUUCUGCUAAACACAGCAAUCAAUAUUUGUUAUUUAUCUAAAAUACAUUAUUCAAAUGCAAGUGGAAGAAAUGAAUACUGCUAAUGUCCAAGUCCAUCAGAGCCAAAGAACACUCUGACUAGGUUAUAGAAUACAGAUAACUUGUUUUAGAUAACCAAGAUGUUUGUAAUGUGACCAAAUAAUUUGUGUAUAAGGCAGAAAUUGAGUCCUUCUGUUCAAUGGAGUGCCAUCAGAACUUAUUGGGAUAUUGUGGUCAGUGGUAUCUCCUACUGUACAAGUUCAAGCGACUUAUUCAUCAAUUCCAUAUAGCAUGUGUUGACCAAAAUUGAGUUGAGAAGUACAAAGGAAUGCAAAGAAUGAUGACAGUAUGUGCUAUUUGUUUAUUGUUUACAUUAUUACAGUGUUUUAGUAAAAAAAAAAGCUACAGAUAUUUUGUACAUUUAAAGGCAAGAAUUGGAUACAUUUGUAUUUAGUGUUUACGUAUGUUUGUAGUUGACAAGAAAAGUGGGGACUACUCACCGACAAGUGAUGUAUACUAAAUAAAGAGUUGAAGAAGAAUAAAAUGACAGUGAAUGAAAAGGAAUGAGUAUCGCAUGUCAAUUUAUUUUACAUUCUGCCCCUUUACGACAAUAAAUCACGAACUAAGCUGACAAA